AGCCAAUAAGUCUUCCAAAACGAUGUCUGUCCCUCAAAUUCCGAUCAAUCACGCACAGAUUUUCAAUUCCAUCAUGUACAGAUUUUCCGAAUGCACACAAAUUACUGGUCGCCCCAUCUGCUUCUUGUCCGGGUCGUGUCAAUUUGGGCACGGGCCUUUUUUUUUUGGGUUCAAUCAAACCCCAAAGAAUUUUUGGGUGCCCCAUUGCAGUUCAGUUCUCUUUCUUAUAGGACUCUAAAGGUCUUAUAUGGAAGGCUCAAGAGUUGUUGGGAGGUUUUGAGAGAUGGGUAUUUGGGUGAUUUGUGGGGUUCUUGUUCUUGGGCUUUUGGGUUGUGGGAAUGGGUACCCGGAGGAUGAACUGGUGAAGGGUUUGCCCGGGCAGCCGAAGGUUGGGUUCAAGCAGUAUGCUGGGUAUGUUGAUGUGGAUUUGAAGGCUGGGAGGAGCCUCUUUUACUACUUUGUUGAAGCUGAAGUCGACCCCGCUCACAAGCCCCUCACUCUUUGGUUGAAUGGAGGCCCUGGCUGCUCCUCAAUCGGCGGAGGGGCAUUCACAGAGCUGGGACCAUUCUUUCCCCAAGCAUCGAAUCUCCUUUUUGUUGAGUCUCCUGCUGGCGUAGGAUGGUCGUAUUCAAAUACAACUUCUGACUACAAUUGUGGAGAUGCCUCAAGUGCUAGGGAUUUGCGUAUUUUCUUGAUGAAAUGGCUCAGCAAGUUCCCGUCGUAUAGAACCAAAGACUUGUAUCUCACAGGGGAAAGCUAUGCAGGACAUUUCAUCCCACAGUUAGCUGUUGCUCUUCUGGACUACAAUCAAAAUUCCAAGGGAUUCAAGUUCAACCUCAAAGGAGUUGCAAUUGGGAACCCUCUGCUUAAACUUGAUAGCACUGUUCAAGCAACUUAUGACUUUCUUUGGUCUCAUGGAAUGAUUUCUGAUGAAGUUGGUCUGACACUGAUGCAAGACUGCGAUUUUGAAGACUAUACGGUUGUUAGUCCACACAAUGUGACAAAACCAUGUGAUGAUGCCAUUACAGAGGCCAACCGCAUUGUCGGUCAAUAUAUAGACAACUAUGAUGUAAUUCUUGACGUAUGCUAUCCGUCAAUUGUGGAGCAGGAAUUGCGUUUACGCAAGAUGGCCACAAAGAUAAGCUUAGGUGUUGAUGUGUGUAUGAGCUAUGAAAGCCAGUUUUACUUUAACCUUCCUGAGGUUCAGAAGGCCAUCCAUGCAAACCGAACCAACUUGCCAUAUGAUUGGUCUAUGUGCAGUGGCAUUUUGAACUACACUGAAGCUGAUCUAAGCACUGACAUUCUUCCUCUGCUAAAAAGGAUCAUAGGAAACAAAAUCCCGGUCUGGGUUUUCAGCGGGGAUCAAGAUUCCGUCGUACCAUUGCUUGGGUCGCGAUCGCUUGUCCGUGAACUUACUCGUGACUUGGGGUUUGAGAUUACAGUCCCUUAUGGAGCUUGGUUGCACAAGGGACAGGUACUUCUACUAUCCUGCUCUUUUGUAGCUCUGGUUUGUAUUAACCAUUAGUACAAAGUAUUUGUCCACUUUCAUUUUUACACACCAUCCAAUACACUUCUUUAAUCCAUUUUAUCUUGUAAUUUGUAUAUUAAAAAAUUAUAGAAAUUAUAUAUUAAUAAUCUAUAUGUUAAGACAAAUCAAACAAGAUCACACAUGACUAUAUUUAGGCUUACACAUUGAGAGAAUUUGAUGAGUCAAAGUGGGAGGUUGGGCAACGGAGUACGGGAACGUGUUAACCUUCGCCACGGUGAGGGGCGCUUCUCACAUGGUGCCCUACGCGCAGCCCUCCCGAGCUCUACACCUAUUUAGCCACUUCGUCCGUGGCCGGAGACUUUCAAAUACGACCCGUCCCUCCAUUGAGGGUCAAACACAUUUAUGAUUUCAUUUAAAAAAAACCUCAAAUAUUAUGCGUCAACAAGAUUCGAAUACUAUAUAUCAUAGAAUCAAAUCAGUUAAUAGUU